CUUAGUUACGUAUAGUAACUGUACUGAUGGACAAAUGAGAUUAGUGAAUGGUUCUAAUGAGUAUCAAGGGAUAGUUGAAGUGUGUGUGAAUAGUGCUUGGGGUUCAGUUUGUUCUACUAGCUGGUCUAGCACUGAUGCUAAAGUUGUUUGUAGAUACAUGGGAGCACUAACAAUUGGUUACCAAUAUAGUAGUGUUACCAGUUAUGGUUUUAACUAUGGUCAUGGGCCAAUACUUUUGGGAUAUCUUUAUUGUUCAGGACAGGAACAGUCUUUGGUUGACUGCAAUCAAAAUUAUUAUGCAGCAAACUCUGCUUCAACUUGUAAGCAACAUCGAUAUGAUGCUGCUGUCAUAUGUGAACCUUAUUGUACUAAUGGUACUGUAAGAUUAAGAGGUGGAAGCUAUACUUAUGGAAGAGUUGAAUUAUGUCUAAAUGAAGUAUGGACUACAAUUUGUAGUGACCACUGGAAUUAUAAAGAUUUGUCUGUUGUGUGUAAUCAACUUGGAUACUCUCCUUACGGUGCUCUACCUGCCUCUGGUUAUUCUGAGUAUGUCUGGGCCAUUGGAAUAAUUAAUCCUAACUGUACUGGUAAUGAGACCAGUAUACUGAAUUGUUCACAUAAUCAAACUGGAUCUUGCUCACCAUCUCAUGAUGCCUCAGUUAUUUGUCAAAAUAUAACAGCUGAACCAGUUAGCUGUUUAACUGGUGAUGUUCGUCUGGUUGGUGGAUCAACAGGAAAUGAAGGAAGGCUUGAAGUUUGUAUUAAUGAGAUGUGGGGUACUGUAUGCAGUUGGAGUUGGGAUUCUAGUGAUACAAGAGUUGCUUGCAAACAACUGGGACACCAGGAAUUAGGUGGAGUGCAGUAUGGCAGUAGUCAAUAUGGUCAAGGUACUGGUCCUGUCUUUCUUGAAUACAUGUAUUGUGCUGGAUCGGAAGAUUCAUUAUUUGAAUGUCAAAGGAGUGUGUUUACUGUUGUUAAUUCACAGUGUUCUAGUCAUUAUUAUGAUAUUGGGUUAAAGUGUGAACCUGUCUGCGAACAUGGCACUGUACGGUUACAGGGAGGAACUUCGUCUACUGGUCGUGUGGAAGUGUGUGUUAAUGGCACCUGGGGAACAGUUUGCAGUGAUUUCUGGGACAAUAAUGAUGCUAGCAUCAUAUGUAAUCAGUUAGGACAUUCACCUUAUGGAGCUAUAGCUGUCUCAGGAUAUUAUUCCACUUCAGUAUGGCCACAUCAUAUCAUUGAUUUAAACUGUACUGGAACUGAGGCUGAAAUUUUGAACUGUUCAUAUAAUGGAGGACAUCACACUUGCCUUACCAAUAAUGAUGCAUCGGUUGUGUGCCAAAGUGUUGAUAUCCGAAAAGACGAUUGUGUUGAUGGCAAUAUAAGACUGGCAGGUGGCCAAACAGAGUAUGAAGGACGAGUUGAAAUAUGUAUUAAGAAAGUAUGGGGGACUAUCUGCGGUUAUGGUAGAAGGGGGUGGUGGAGCACACCAGAUAGUAACGUAGUGUGUACACAAUUGGGUCACAUGGAACUAGGUUCAACAGCAUAUUAUACAGCUAGUCAGUUUCGUCAGGGCACUGGUCCCAUUUUUUUAUCAGAAGUUGAUUGCCAAGGAAAUGAACAAAACCUCCUGACCUGUCCAUAUAGACUGAUUCACUCAACAUCUUGUACUCAUUAUUAUGAUGUUGGAGUCAAAUGUGAAGCUCCAUGUGUCAAUGGUACGGUUCGUUUGUACAGUGAAUCAGGUAGUUACUUCAGAAGAUAUGGACGAGUUCAAGUGUGCAUCAACAAUGCUUGGGGAACAGUUUGUGAUCACUUUUGGGAUGAACAGGAUGCUAGUGUUGUCUGUAAAAUGUUAGGGUAUUCAUCCUAUGGAGCUUCAACCCUCACAGAUACUUUCACUAGAGGUGUUUGGUAUGUACAUAUUAAAGAUCUCAACUGUACUGGUGAUGAAUCAUCUAUUUUGGAUUGUCCAAUGAAUGAUCUUAGUAGUUAUUUUUGUGGCAAUUAUGAUGAUGCUGCUGUUAUCUGUCAAUUGCCAAAUGUAAUCAAUUCAAAUUGCACAACUAAUGAAUUGAGACUAACUGGUGGAGCAAAUCAAUAUGAAGGAAGAGUAGAGUAUUGUGUUAAUGGAGUAUGGCAAUCUUUUUGUGACUAUUCUUGGGAUGAAAGUGAUGCAUACACUGUAUGCAAGCAGCUAGGAUAUAAAGGUGUAGGAGGUAGACAUGUGUUUAAUUCACAUUUUGGAAUUGGAGUGACACCAGUCAGUAUUUAUUAUUUAUCAUGUCAGUACAACUUAGCAAACCUCUCACAAUGUACCUGGAAUAUUCUCCCAUCCAAUUCUUAUUGUAACAAUUAUCAAGAAGCUGGUGUUAUUUGUGAAGCUCUACAUGUACAUGUAUGUACUGAUGGAUCAAUCGACUUGUUUGGCACUUCACUUGUUAAUGUUGGCAGUGUGCGUGUUUGCAUUAAUGGCUCGUGGAGUCAAGUGUGUGUUGCUGAUAGUACAUUACUGGACAAUGAGCUUGCUAGUAUUGCCUGCUAUAGUGCUGGCUUCUCUAAAUAUGGUGCUAAUAGUUUUCGAGGACAAUGGUUUAAUAGAAAGUAUCCAUUUAAAUUUUACAAUAUAAAAUGUUAUGGCAAUGAGAGUAACCUUCAUGAAUGUGACUAUGAUACUCAGGGAGUAUGCUCCAUAUAUCAUACACUUGGAGUGUCUUGUCAACAAGGCUUUAUUACCUCCCCAGCCAAUUGUACUGAUGGUGAUAUUAAACUUCUUAAUGAAGUCAGUGACAAUCAUGGAAUAGUAUUGAUUUGUAAGAAUGGAGCUUGGACAAGAGUUUGUACAGACAACAAAUAUUAUUGGUCUAUUAGCAACACUGAUGUUGUAUGUCGUCAGCUUGGUUACACAGUAUAUGGAAACACAAAUAGACAAGUGUCUUAUCAACAAGCCUACCCUACAGCUUUCUUUAGAUUCAACUGUAGAGGUAGUGAAACCAAUUUCAGUUCUUGUAGCUCCUAUUUGUAUUUUUCAAUGCCGCAAUAUUGCCAUCGAACCAUUGAAAUUACAUGUGCUGAGCCUUGUACUACUGGUGAUACUCAACUGAUUGGAAGUCAUUAUUAUGGACGCGUUGAAGUAUGUCUUGGAGGAGUGUGGGGCACUAUUUGUAGAGACAGUUUUUGGGACAAUACUGAUGCAAGUGUGGUAUGCAAGCAGCUUGGAUUCUCUCCUUAUGGUGCCAUUGCUGUGCCUAUUAAUUGGUAUUCCAUCUCAACUAAGUUUAAUUUUGCUGGUGGAGUAAGCUGCUCUGGAAAUGAGACACAAAUUUUUAAAUGUCCUUUUAACAGUUCAUUAUCCUGUCCUCCUAGUAAUGAUGCUAAUGUCAUUUGUCCUGUUCACAGCUCUACCUAUUCAAAUUGUACUGAUGGUGAUAUUAAAUUGCUUAAUGGCUCAACAGAGUAUGAAGGAAGAGUAGAAAUUUGCAUUAACAAAGCUUGGGGGACUAUUACAUACUUUUAUGGAACUUCUAAUGAAGCUCAGACUGUUUGCAAUCAGUUAGGAUAUACUGCACCAGGUGCUAGGAGAUUAAAUAAUGCAUACUUUGGUGAGGGUUCAAGUCCUGUUUUAGUGACAUAUGUCCACUGUUCAACUCCAAGAAACUCAUUAAUGAAUUGCUCUCUUCAACAUACCUGGAGGGUAAAUUAUCGAGGUCGUAAUCAUGUCAUUGGAGUCAGAUGUCAAACUUACUGCCAACAUGGUAGCAUCAGACUUACUGGAUUUGAUCCAUUGCAAGGAUGUGUUGAAGUGUGUGUUAAUGGCACAUGGGGCAGUGUAUGCAAUGAUUAUUGGCAUAACAGUGAUGCCAGGGUUGUCUGCAGGCAACUAGGAUUUCCUUCAGAAGGAGCCAUUGCACGUGUCACUAAUUAUUAUGGUACUAGUCUCUCAUUCCAUAUUAUUGACCUUAAUUGUAAUGGAAGCGAAGAAACAGUAUUGGACUGUUCUUAUAACAAUGUUGAGCAACACUCCUGUCAGCGGUAUGAAGAUGCUUCUGUACAAUGUCAAAUACCUAAUACAACUGAUAAUUGUACCAAUGGAGUCAUUAGAUUAAUAAGAGGAGAGGCAAAGAAUGAAGGCCUAGUUGAGAUAUGUGCUGAUGGCUCCUGGGGAUAUGUUUGUCCUAGAUAUGGUUGGGGACAAAGUGAAGCUAUGGUCACUUGUAGACAAUUAGGAUACACUGCAAUUGGUGCAAGGACUUCAUCUUCGUUUGGAAAAGGAGCUGGCCCAGUUCAUUUCUCUAGUUUUUAUUGUUCAGGAAAUGAGAAUAAUCUAUUGGAUUGUAGUCAUUAUACAUCACCCUGUUCUUACUCUUAUCAUGCUGGUGUUAUUUGUCAAGCUCCUUGUAACGAGGGAGAUGUUCAAUUGCAAGGUGAUAGGAGAUAUAAUUCAUUUGGACGUGUUGAAGUAUGUAAUGGAGAUACAUGGGGAACAAUUUGUGAUGAUUACUGGGAUAAUAGUGAUGCCAGUGUAAUAUGUAAACAAUUAGGAUUCUCACCUUAUGGUGCUAUAGCAAAAACUUCAUUUUACUCUGAAAAUCAUCUUCCUCAUAUUAUAUUCAAUAUGAGCUGCAAUGGAGAUGAAGAAUCUAUUUUUAAUUGUUCAUACAGUGCUGAGGUUCCAACUGGCUCUAACUGUCACUCAACUGAAGAUGCUUCAGUCAUUUGUCAAGAUAUUCAAGUUGCUCAUUCUAAUUGUGUUGAUUAUGAUGUCAUAUUGGUUGGAGGUGAAACUGGUAAUGAAGGAAAAGUGCUAAUGUGUCUUAAUGGAGCAUGGGGAACACUGUGUGACAAUGGGUUCAAUGCCAAUGAUGCUGCAUUUGGAGUAGUUUGUAAUAAUGCAGGAUAUUCUAAAAGAGGAUCAAGAUAUUCUGCUAACUUUCCUAAUUCAUCUAAUGAAAUAUUACUAGUUGCUGAUAUGUAUUGCUCUUCAACUGAUGAAAGGAUUGAAGAUUGCUCAGUUACUCACUACACACCACCCUCAACCUGUGAUGUGCUUGAUAUUGUAGCUGUCAGGUGUCACACUUGUACGGAUGGUGAUAUUAGGAUCAUUCCGUAUGGAAGUAUUACUAGCUCUGUUGGUCGUGUUGAAGUAUGCUCUGAUGAUUCUUGGGGUACCAUAUGUAAUGAUUUUUUUGAUCAUGAUGAUGCACAAGUUAUCUGUAGACAACUUGGAUACAGUGCAUUAGGAUCCGUUUCAGUUGGACCGUUAAAUUAUAACUUUGAUUAUUACCACAUUAUUGAUAUCAAUUGUACUGGUACUGAAUCAAAUAUACAAGACUGUCCUAGUAAUAAUCUAACCACUUGCCCCACAAACCGUGAUGCUGGAGUGUCCUGCAACAACAUAUCACUAACCAACUAUACUAACUGCACUGAUGGUGAAUUAAGAUUAGCUGGUGGUACUGAACUGAGUGGACGUGUAGAGAUAUGUUACAAUAGAAUAUGGUAUGGAAUCUGUUCUGAUAACUAUAAUAGAUACAGCACACCAAGUACCAUUUGCAAAGGAUUGGGCCACUCAACACAAGGUGCAGUUGGAAGUAUAGUUGAGACUUACCCGCCACUACCUCUCCUUCUUUUUGAGUUUAAUUGUUAUGGUAACAGGGAGACACUAUGGGAUUGCUAUAAAUCUACCAUUCAGUGUUCUAAUGGACCUUAUAAAUAUGCUGCUGUUACUUGUCAAGCUAAAUGUGAUGACUGGGAGGUACGUUUAUAUGGCUCAUCUUAUGAAAAUAUUGGAGCUGUUGAAGUUUGUAUUGAUGGAGAAUGGAGUUCAGUCUGUUAUGAAGAUUUUGAUCUCUCUGAUGCAGCUGCAGUAUGUACUCAAUUAGGAUACAUACCUUAUGGGGCUAUUGUUCUACCAAGAUACUCUUAUAGUAGAUACACAUACACUUAUUAUAUUAGUGACUUAAAUUGUACUGGUGAUGAAAGGACUGUACAAAACUGUUCCUAUACUGCACCUAAAAAGGGAAAUUGUGUAAAUGCUCCUCUCAUAUGUCAAAGAAAUAAUGAGAGUGUUGAUGCUACAUGCACUGAUGGAAGUGUUCGCUUAGUUGGGGGAAUCAAUGAGCUUGAAGGAAAUGUUGAAAUAUGUCAUAAUAAAUUUUGGGGAUCAGUAUGUCAUAGUGGUUGGAAUACUAUUGAUGCUAAUAUUGCUUGUAAGCAGCUAGGAUAUCAACCGUUAGGAGCCAGAGUAUUUUCUAAAAGUUAUUUUGGGCAUAGAUCUUCAGGGACUCACAUUAUGAGCAGUGUCUCUUGCUCUAAUAGUGCAGCUUCACUACUUGAUUGUAGCUAUAAUUCAUUAUCAGCAUUUACUUUAUGCGUAGAUUUAAACAGAGCUGGCGUGAUUUGUUUAGAUGCUUGUGAUGAUGGAAACUUGAGAUUGAGUGGCUCUAAUGCUGAAUAUGCUGGCCGCGUUGAAAUAUGCAUAGAAUCAAUUUGGACAUCACUUUGUGAUCAAAACUGGGAUUUAAGGGAUGCACAAGUAGCUUGUAGGGAGUUAGGAUACUCUCCUUAUGGUGCAAUGCCAACAUAUGGUUGCUAUACUGAGGGACAACUAUCAUUUGGUAUUACUAGUAUCAACUGCACUGGCUCUGAGAAUGCUUUGUUGAACUGCUCUCACAGUAACCCAGUAUUAUAUAACUGUCGAUCUCAUAGUGAUGCUGGCUUAUAUGUCAAAAUAAUAUUAAAAGAUCAAACUGCUCAAAUGGUUCAGUACGGCUAGUUGAUGGUAGUGGACCUCAUGA